GGAUGGAGCCGGGUCAGGUGGUGUACGCUGUGAUGGAGGUUCUGAUCGGUGUGUGUUGUUGUGUGGGGAACGUGCUGGUGAUGGUGGCGAUGUGGUGCAGUGGGAGUCUGCAGCAGGAGCCCACGUACUGCCUGCUGUUUUCCCUGUGUGUGGCAGACGCUCUGGUGGGGGUCGUGUCCGUCCCUCUGUCCGUGAUGGUGGACGGACACCUCUUCACCUCCUUCGGCCUGUGUCUGUUUUUCGGCUGUGUCCUCCUGCUCCUCACUCUGGGCUCCGUGCUCUGCCUCACGGCCAUCGCAGUGGACAGGUACCUCAGGGUCUCCAUCCCCAUCAGGUACAAGACCACAGUGACUCAGAGGCGCUCCUGGUUGGUGGUCGCCGGAUGCUGGUUGGUUGCGUUUCCUCUCAGUUUCGCGCCGAUGUGGGGCUGGUACAACGAGGAAACCCUAACCCGCUCAAACAGCUCCAUUAUCUGCUGUCGCUUCCAGGACGUCAUCCCCAUGUCUUACCUCAUCUACUUCUACCUCUUCUUCUGUCACGUUAUUCCUCUGUUACUCAUGACUGUUUUGUACUUCGCCAUUUUUAACACCAUCAGAGACCGACUGAAGGUAAAACCGGGCGACGUCCUGAAGCUGUCUCAGAAACACAUGAAGAAAGAGAAGCAGCUGGCGUGUUCUCUCCUCUUUGUUCUCUUUCUGUUUGUCGUGUGUUAUUUGCCUUUGCACGUCAUGAACACCGUCGUGCACUUUGGCUCACCGCCGUUUGUUCCAGCAGAGGCUUUUCACGUGGGCAUCCUACUUUCACACGCUAAUUCCGCCGUAAACCCGCUGGUCUACGCCUUAAAAAUACCCAAAAUAAAGAGAGCGUGCGUGCAUCUGUGGAGCAAGAGAAUGUCACGUAAAGCAGAGAUUCAGUCCACAGACGUUCAGAGCAGUCAGAGUUUGGAGAACAACGCCACGAGUAACGUCACGAUCGUGCAACAAGACAUUUGUGCAAAGUGAAAGUGAGUCGUGUGCAGGUCUUUGGACACUUUUUUAAUCACUGACUGUGUAUAAACUUGUUAAAUGUGCUGUUUUUUUCUUUGGAUAUUUAGAUUAACCAUAUUAUUUUGUUGCCUUUUUUGCAUCUCACCACGUUCAGCUCUGAGCAUUUACACAAGAAAACACAACUCAAAUGUUUCACCAGAGCAGAUACGUGCACAUGAAACGCUCUAACUGCAAAAGAAACAGCUCAGCAAAAUA